UGAAUUUCCGGCAGAGGUACAAACGGACGCACGCUAGACACAUAAAGACGAACGUUUAGUGCAAUAAAAUAAACAAUAUACAGCUAUUAUAUCUCGUAAAUACCUCAUUUGUAUCGUGAAGCGUCCGUAAUGUCAGCGCUGUGUUAUAAUAAAGGCUGCGGGCAGCGAUUUGAUCCUGAAAACAAUCCGGAUGAUUCCUGCACAUAUCAUCCUGGAGUCCCCGUGUUUCAUGAUGCUCUGAAGGGUUGGUCGUGCUGUAAGAGACGGACAACAGACUUCUCAGAUUUUCUUAGUAUUGCGGGCUGCACUAAAGGUCCUCAUAACAAAGACAAGCCGCUUGAACCGGUAAAACCAGACGUGAAGGUUUCAGGAGAGAAGAAAGAGCUGGAGGAUCUCAAACCCAAGUUUAAUGAGUACAUCAUUCAAGCACCAAAACCAGUGGAGUUCAUCCAGAGACCUAGUGCUGAUGAGCCACUGGUGAACCUGCAGAGGAAAGUGGCUCCGUCUCUGAAUCAGGCCCUCGAGAAGCUCAGACUCGCAGAAGAAGCCAAUCACAUUAAAGAAAAAGAAGAGGACGAAAGCGAAGUCAAAGUCGGGACAGCGUGUAAAAAUGGAGGCUGUAUGAAGACGUACAACGGACCAAAGACUGACGAAGAGACAUGUUUGUAUCAUCCUGGAGUUCCCAUUUUUCAUGAGGGAAUGAAGUAUUGGAGCUGCUGUAAGAGGAAGACGUCUGAUUUUAACACCUUUCUGUCUCAGGAGGGCUGUAAUAAAGGCUCACACCAGUGGAGGAAAGACACGGGUAAUAAAGUGGCUCCGUGUAGGUUUGAUUGGCAUCAGACAGGAAGUCAGGUGACCAUGUCCAUCUAUGCAAAAAACUCCAACCCGCAGCUCUGCUGUGUGGAGGCCAACAGCGUCUCGCUGAAAGUCCAUCUGAUCUUUGAGGGAGAAAAAGAGUUUGAGCUAAGCCUGAGCCUGUGGGGAGUCAUUGACAUCAGUAAGAGUGUCGUUAAUAUGAUGGCCUCCAAAGUGGAAGUAGUAAUGAAGAAGGCGGAGCCUAUGUCCUGGGCACGGCUGGACCUGCCCCCACCGAAACCGACCAGUGAGAUGAAGGAGAAUUAAGAUAGACAGAAAGUGAUGGUUCAGUU